AGAGUCCUCUGGGAUGGGAACCACGCCGCUUCCCACCCUCAGUUCCAGGAGCGAAGCGCGGACCUUUCAACAAGAGCUUUAUUGAUUCUCUCGCUGGGCUCCCGCAACGCCAUGGAGGCAGCCAAUUGCUCCCUGCGGGUGAAGCGACCCUUGCUGGAUCCCCGCUUCGAGGGCUACAAGCUGUCUCUCGAGCCGCUGCCCUGCUACCAGCUGGAGCUCGAUGCAGCUGUAGCAGAAGUAAAACUUCGGGAUGACCAGUAUACACUGGAGCACAUGCAUGCUUUUGGAAUGUAUAAUUAUCUGCACUGUGAUGCCUGGUAUCAAGACAGUGUCUACUACAUUGAUAGCCUUGGGAGGAUCAUGAACUUAACAGUGAUGCUGGACACUGCCUUAGGAAAACCUCGAGAGGUUUUUCGUCUUCCUACAGAUUUGACAGCAUAUGACAAUCGUCUUUGUGCAUCUAUCCAUUUUACAUCCCCUACCUGUGUUACCUUGUCAGAUGGAACUGGAAGAUUAUAUGUCAUCGGAACAGGUGACCGUGGAAAUAAUCCUGAAAAAUGGGAAAUUGUGUUUAAUGAAGAACUUGGGAAUCCGUUUAUUAUAAUUCACAGUAUCUCGUUGCUGAAAGCUGAAGAACAUUCAGUAGCUGUGCUUCUUCUUCGAAUAGAGAAGGAGGAAUUGGACAUGAAAGGAAGUGGUUUCUAUGUUUCUUUGGAGUGGGUCACUGUCAGUAAGAAAAACGAAGACAGUAAAAAGUAUGAGAUUACGAAGCAUCACGUUCUCCGUGGAAAGUCGGUGCCACAUUACGCUGCUGUCGAGCCUGACGGAAACGGUCUCAUGGUUGUGUCCUAUAAGUCCUUCAAGGUUGUUUCGGUUGAUCAGGAGCUUGAAGAAAGUAUGGAUGAAGACAGGUCAGAGAAAAUCAAAGUAGAACCUCUGUAUUACUGGCAGCAAACUGACGAUGAUUUGACAGUAACAGUAAGGCUUCCAGAAAACUGUGCAAAGGAAGAUAUUGAAAUACGGUUUUUGCCUGAUAACAUCAGCGUUAUGCUGAAGGAUGUCCAGGUUUUGGAAGGAAAGCUCUAUUCAUCUAUUGAUCAUGAAAGCAGUGCAUGGACAAUUAAAGAGAAUGACAGCUUGGAGAUUACCUUGAUUAAGAAGAAUGAAGGUCUGAUGUGGCCAGAGCUGGUCGUUGGUGAUAAACAGGGGGAACUCAUAAGGGACCCAGCCCAGUGUGCUGCAAUAGCAGAACGCUUGAUGCACCUGACCUCCGACGAACUGAAUCCAAAUCCAGAUAAAGAGAAACCUCCAUGUAAUGCUCAGGAAUUAGAAGAAUGUGAUAUUUUCUUUGAAGAGAGCUCCAGUUUAUGCAGAUUUGAUGGCAAUACAUUAAAAACAACCCAUGUGGUGAAUCUUGGCAGCAACCAGUAUCUGUUCUCAGUCACCGUGGAUCCUAAAGAAAUGCCCUGUUUCUGUCUGCGCCAUGACGUCGAUGCCCUCCUCUGGCAACCGCACUGCAGCCAGCAGGAUGACAUGUGGGAGCACAUCGCCACCUUCAAUGCCCUAGGUUAUGUCCAAGCAUCAAAGAGAGACAAGAAAUUUUUUGCCUGUUCUCCAAACUCCUCCUAUGCAGCCCUCUGUGAGUGCCUUCGCCGAGUGUUCAUCUAUCGGCAGCCUGCUCCCAUGUCCACUGUGCUCUACAACAGGAAGGAAGGCAGGCAUGUGGGCCAGGUUGCUAAGCAGCAAGUAGCAAGCCUAGAAACCAAUGAUCCUAUUUUAGGCUUUCAGGCAACAAACGAGAGAUUAUUUGUUCUCACUACCAAAAACCUCUUUUUAAUAAAAGUAAAUACAGAGAAUUGAUCCUCCAAUAUUUGGCUGAAAUCAAGUAUCCAGUGGUACCUGGAGGGCUAGACAGUUGUCCUGUAACUUGUUAGGUUUUACUGUGUUAACUACAAACAUCCUUUAUGAAGUUUUAUUUUUAAAGGGUAUUGGAAAUGUAUUCAAGAGAUUAUGAAUCUGUAAAAGCUAUGUGAUAGAUGAAGCUACAGAUUUAGAGAAAUUGGCUUCUGUAAAAAAUGAAGCUAUUGGCAAAUAUAGUUAUUUUUUAAAACCUGAUGAUUAAAUCUCAUCUUUUAUAUGAAAAAAUAUGAAUUGAUUGUUUAAAAAUAAAACUAUUUAUCAUGUACCUAGCUCAUUGUUUAGAUUGGUAUAGUCACUCUAUAGAAUGUGUGGGUAGCAGUCAAACACUGAGUAUUAUAAAGUAUUUUAACAGGUUGAAAUCUACAGAAAAAUUGUUGUAAGUCUAGAGUUGUAAGAGUACAGCAGUGUUGAUGUUUGCUUAUAAACCUUAAUUAUUUUCAUAGUAAGCAUAGAUUUGCUUAUGUCAGCAUAGAUUUGCUCUACUAUAUCAGAGAAGCAUUUUCCAUUAUUGCAUAACCAAAUGCCACAAAAUUAGGUGUUUAUAAGAGAUUAUUCCAGCUGGGCGGUGGUGGCGCACACCUUUAAUCCCAGCACUCGGGAGGCAGAGGCAGGAGGAU